CUUAAAAAGAGAUAAAUAAUAUGUCAUUUAGAGUUUAAUAAUAUGUUGGCUAAUUUUAAGAACACGUGGAGUGCUCCUGAAAGUUUAGAAGGACCUGCUGAUUCCAAGGACACCACUCCUACGAGUAAAAAAUCCAAACUAUCAAAACAAAGUAAAGAGUUUAAGAUGCCUAAAGUUGCUCUAUCACAAGAGAAAGUAGGUGAAGGAGAAAUUUACGCAAAAGAGACACCCUCAUCUUCCUCCACCAGAACAGGCACCAGUGAUUCUGAUUUUAGUACAGAGGGAUCUGACAGCGAGAAUGAGGCUAAGUCAAUGAAGCUUAGCUCAGCUGCAUUCUAUCUUAAGUCUAACUCUUUACCCCUUGAGAAGGUAACAUCACCUACCAGUGAGUUCUCAAAUGAAGCUUCCUUAUUGGAUAGGAUGGAUGUUAAACAAGAAUGUGACGACCGCAAAAUUAAAGCUUGUUUUGAGACACAUACCCAAUUAGAUAAUCAAGUGAAUGAGUCCGAUACUGUCACUUCUACACAUGGGUCUCUUCCUAGUAAACCAAAGAAUAAAUUAAGCCAAAGAAAGGGCCCGAAGAAAUUUGUUGAAUCCUUCAGGGCUAAGAAGAAAACCGAGAUUUGUAAAAAUUGGGAAACAACCGGAAAAUGAAAGUUCGGGAAAUCAUGUGCGUUUGCACAUGGGUUUGACGAACUUCUUGUCAAGAACAACCUUCCUCAAAAGUAUAAAACAAAAAUUUGCAAACAGUUCCAUGAGGAGGGGUACUGCAGGUAUGCCACUAGGUGCCAAUUUAUCCAUUGAAUCGUUCAGAAAGACCUUAAUAGCUACAGCUACUCAGACAUUUUAAAAGAGACUGUUUUCCAAUAUGAGACCCGUUCUAAGCUCAAGAAUUUUCCGGAAUUGGAGGAUCAGAUGAUUAACCCCAUCAAGACUAAAAGGCUUAAUGUCUUUUCAGAGAUAGCCCCAAAUACUGAAAGGAUUUCUGACAGAGAAAUACCUCGUGUUUGGGAUGUUUCUGCUAAUCUUAAUAGUGACUCUCAGGCUUAAGUCUGUGGGUCCAUUUCACCCUAAUUUUUAGUAUAACAGAUAAUCCUAAUCAUGUUGAAUGU